AUGGAAAAUAAUGAUCAACUAAAAAUUCAAAAUUCUCAUUCCUAUGACUUAAUUUAUUGGAAAGAAUUCUUUUCUAAUAAUAUAAAAGAAGAUGAUGUUAAUUCAUUUGUAGAAAUAACAAAUAAUAAUAUAAUUGAAUUAAAAAAUGUAAAGAUUAAUAACAAAUAUACAUUUAAUGGCCUAAUAAAAUUAGACAAUUAUAGUUGUCCUUGUUUUUAUAAAAAGUUUCAAAUAUGUAGUAAUAAAGAAACAUUUAUAGGAUAUUUUAAAUAUAGACAUAUAAAAGGGUAUGGAGAAAUUAUUUCAAAUAAUUAUACAUAUAGAGGUUAUAUAUAUGAUUGUAAAAAAUCGAAAAAAGGAUCUUACUUACUCUUUUUAAUAAACAACAGUAAUGAUGAACAUAAACAAAUAAUAAAAUGUGAUGACUACAAAAAUGCAUCAUUAAUAUAUAAUGGAAUGUGGAAAAAUAAUAAAAGAAAUGGACAUGGGACAUUAAAAUUAAGUUUUACAAAAAAAAAUAAUAUAGAUUAUGUCUUAAAAGAAAAUAAAAAAUAUAUAAUAUAUAAUGGAUGGUGGAAAAAUAAUAAAAGACAUUUUUAUGGAAUUCAAAAUUAUAUUAAUAAUAAUUGUAAAUAUAUUGGUUUUUGGAAAAAUAAUAAAAAAUGGAAAUAUGGAGAAAUUAUAUGGUAUUAUAAUGUAAAAAACGAGACUAAUAGAAAUGCCAAAAAAAAGAUUGAUAAAAAUGCCAAAAAAAAGACUGAUAAAAAUGUAAAAAAAAAAAUACAAAAUGUCUAUAUAGGUGAAUGGAAAAAUGAUACUCUUAAUGGAAUUGGAACUUAUUUUUGGUUUAAAAAAAAAUAUAAUAAUAAUAUAAUAACACAUAAAAAUGCUAAUUAUGAUAAAUAUUUAGGAUAUUGGAAAAAAGGAAAAAAAAAUGGAUAUGGAAUAUUUUAUUAUAAUUGUGGUAAUAAAUAUAUAGGUAUGUGGAAAAAUAAUAAAAAGGAAGGAUUAGGAUAUAUGAUAUAUAUUAAUGGAACGGUCUCAAAAUGUUGUUUUAAAAAUGAUAUAAUUAUUUCAGAGAUACAAAUUAAUCCAGAGUAUCAAAUAAAUAAUCUAUACACAAAUUCAAUAUGUAAAGUAAUUAAUUUUUUUUUUUUAAAAAAAUAUUUUAAUAUAUCCAAUAAGAAUAUACAAUUACUUUAUAAAAUUAUUUACACCAACUUUGAUUUUUUAAUAGACAUUUAUGAGAGAUGUAAAACUGGGAAUGGAAAAAAAGCAAAUAAAAAUAAACAAUCCAAAAUAAAAACAAGUCCCAAUUUUACCUUAACAAAUUUAUGGAAAAUAUUUUAUAAAUGUAAUAUUUUAAAUCUAGAUUUUACCUUAUCCGAUUUAAAUAAAUUAGUACUUGAUCAUACAACUAUCUGUGAAGAAAAUGAAUUAUAUAAUAUUUUAAAACAAAAUAUACAAAAAAAGGAUAUAGAAUUGUCUAUUAUAUUAGAGGAAAAAAAAAUUAUAAAAUAUUUUUUUUAUAAAUCUUUUGACCUUUUAAAUGUACUACAUUUUGUGGGGAACAAAUGGAAAGACAACCAUAUCUCUCCUUUAAGAGACCAUAAGACAUUUUAUGAAAAAAUAAGCAAAACAAAAUCACCACAAAAUGGGACAGCAAAUCUUAUAAAUAAAACAGACGUAAUAGAAAAUUACCAUGACACCAAUGUAGAUAGUGACAAUGACAAUACAGAGCUACAUAUUGAUGAGAACCAAUUUUGUGCCCUUUUAAAAUAUGCUAUUUUUAAUAAAGAUUUAUACAUAUUAAAAGGUAGUAAAGAAUUAUAUAAAAUAAUCAAAUUUAAUAAAAAAAAAAUAAAAAUAAAACAUAUUUUAAAGAAAAUAUAUUUUUUCUUAAUCACUAAUAAAAAACAGUAUGAUAAUCACUAUCUGUAUUAUGUCUUAUAUAGUUUGUUUGAGUCAUCCACACCUUUGAUUUGCUCAUUUUUAUCUAUGAUAAGGAAUAAAAAUAAAAAAAAACAAACUGCAAAAAGAGGGGGAAAAAUUCGAUUAUUAGAAAUGGAUAGGAAUAAUAUAACUUAUACGCAUUGUAGUACCAAAAGUAAUGACAAAGAAAUAAAAUUAAUCGGAUCUCAUAACUGUAUUAACAAUCAAAAAUUUAGUCAGAUAAAUAGAAAAAUUCUAGAAAUUAUGCAAAAUGAGGAUUCUAUUACAUAUUUAAAAAAUAUGAUUGAAUUUACAAAUGUAUAUAAAUAUAAUAUACACGAAGAAACAAGAGAAAUAAGUUUUAUCUGUUUUUUGUCAACACUUGUUCAUGUAUCUAUACGAUUAAAUAACUUUAGAAAUGUCACUGAUCAAUUUGCUGACAUUGUAGAGAGAUUGAAAAAAAAUUAUAUAAAAAAACAAAACCACACCUAUUACUUUGGUAGUAGGAAGUUUACUAUAAAAAGGAAUCAUCUCGCGCGUAAUAACCAUAAUAAUGAAACAACAAAAAAAUUAAUGAAAAAUAAUAAUUCCACCCUCAAUUUAACAAAAGGAAACAAAAAUAAAGCCACAUCCUUGCCAUUAGAAAAUAUAUCAAGUGAAUUGAUAAGCAUACUAAAAAUCUAUGUGUAUUAUUUUAUUUUUUACUUUUUAAUAUUUGAAUCAAAAGAUAGUUUUUUUUCCAUUUUUAACAUAAAAUUAGAUUUGUCCAUAAAACUUAGAGAUGUCUUAUUAUUUUUAAUUCAACUUAAAUUAGUGAAAAAAUCGAAAAAAAAUAAUAAUCCAGCGGGAUAUAUCAAUUUAGAUAACUAUUCCAAGAUAGCUAAAAAUAAUAAUAAAAAAAAAAUUAACAUAAAAAAUAAAAUGAGUAAAAUUCUGACAUGUUCAGGUAAAAAUGAUAAAAAUGUUCCAAAAAAAACAUUAACAAUACAGAAUAAUGAUAAAGAAAAUAACAAAGAAUUAGUUAGACAUGAAAAAAUAAAAAGUAGAAAAAUAAGUUUGGAGAGUACCAGAAAAAAGGAUAAAAGGAAUAUAAAAAAAGAAAAGAAAAAGGAAAGAAAGAAAAAAAGAACAAAUUGCAAAAACAAAAAUGAACAAAAUAUAGAAGCCGAAAUAAAAGAUUAUCCUGAAAUUGGGCAUAACAAAAAAAGAAAUAAUAUACUCACUAGUGAUAAAAAUAAUAAAAAUAACCUGAACAUGCUAGCUAAGGAUAAAAACUGUUUUAAUGAAAUAUUUUUAAAAAAAAAAUCAAAUAUAUUUUCUUUGUCAUAUUUUGAAAUUUUAUCAAUUUUUUCCAAAAUAUUGAACACUAAAAAUUUGAAUUUAAUAAGUGACUCAUGUUGUGAUUUAUAUUUUAAAAAAUUAAGACAUACUGAAAAAAAGAGAUUACACAAAAUUAAUAAAACUGAUAUGCUAAAAAUUUGUGUAACCCGAUAUAUGGAAAUAAUAAAAAGGAAAAGACAACAUAUUGUAACAACCUUUUUCAAUUCCAACAAAAAACAAAACAACAACAAAAUUUGUAGAAAUAAAACAAUUAAUAAGAAUACUGAAGGAGAUGAAAAAUACCCAACCCCUAUUUAUACAAAAAAAUAUGGAAUGAAAAUUGCUACAUUAUUAGACAAAAAAUUGAGUGAAUUAGAACAAAAUAUGGAAAACUAUUUUCUAACUAUGCAAUCUGAAGUAUUUAAAAAAGGAAACACAAUAAAAGAAAAAUAUAAAAAAGAUGGAAAAAAAAAAAAAAAAAAAUAUGAGCAAAAAAAUAAAUCAACUUAUGUGAAUAAUAAGGAGAACUACAAAUUGAACAACCCUAAUGAUGGAAUGCUACAAAAAACAAUUAUAAAAAUUAAAAGAAGACAUGAAAUAAAAAAAAAAGUAUAUCUCUUAAGAAAAAGUUAUAGAAAAUAUUGUAAAAAUUAUAUGAAUAUAAUUGACUAUUAUAAUAUUAGUCUUACUCCAUAUGAACUUGUUUUAUUUUUUUUGAACAAAAAAAAAAAUAAUAUAAAAAAUGAAUAG